GUCAAAAUUGUGAUCAAAGAAAUUUCCAUGUGAGUAAUAAAAAGCCGGGUAACCGUCAAAUUCUGACGUUAUAAGAAAAAGAGUAAUUCUUUUGAGAAACUAUUGGAUUAUUAACUUCUAAUGAAAUAGUUUAAAACAAUUGUGUUUGAUAUCCUAUUCAUAAGGUUAUGUUACAUCUAGUUGCAAUGUUGACAUACUUUUUUUUGUACGCAGUAUCAUAUGAAGAAUAUCAGUUAUAGGUAUGCAUAUUUGCAUCUGAUAACUGCAGUGUAUACAUUUAACGUUAACAAAGCAAGAGUUGCAUAUGCCAAAAAGUUUUAUAUUACGAAUUCAUGUAUGUAGUCAAGUAGAAAUUAGUACUUCGUAUAAAAAAAAAAUUACAUAACACAAUGAACAUACAACAAAGUACAGACUUGAUUAUAUUUGUGACCCAUGUCGAAGCAGAGGAUGUAUUUCUCAAAAUCUGGGGUCAAGUUGAUAAGAAUUCUGCAACAUGUGUAGAACGUAUGAUUUUACCUCUUGUUGAACAAUUUGCUAGAAGUCAAGGCUGCGUUGGACCUCAGUUAGCCAAUUUACGCAUAAAUGCCCUUUGCUGUGCUAGAUUUCAAAAUGAGGGAUACUAUCGAGCAAAAAUCAUUAAUAUACGUGCUGAUGGUAUGGUGGUUUUGCAGUUUAUUGACUAUGGUAAUAUUGAAGUAUUACCACCACAAGAAGUACAUUUAUUGGAAAAUAUACCUGGCUCUGAGUCCUUGCAAUCUUUUCCACCUGUGGCAUUUGACUUUACGUUAAUGCAUGUAUUGCCUAUAAAUAAUGUUUGGGAUAACAAAAUAAUUGAAUCAAUCAAAAAGACUCUAUGGUACAAUGAAUAUAAAAUUUUAAUUCAUUCUGUGGUCAAUAACCAUCGUCUUAUUAAACUUUGGUAUAACAAUGAAGAUUUCAGUGAAUUGUUAGUUAAAAGACGCAUGGCAAUAAGAACAACGAUACAAGAAAUGUUUAGAUCAAAAUGCGUACAACAAUCUCAAGUGCCAAUAUAUCAACAAAAUAAAUGUCUUAUUAAUAAUACUUGUGCAAUGACACCAGUCCAUGAUGGAAAUGAAAUGCAUGGAUUUCCACGUAAUAUUCCUUUAUGUUGUGCAGCUCAAAAACAUAUGAUGCAAUCUUCUCUUCAAGAAGCUCUUGUAUUUAAAUCUCGUGUUUUGGAUGUUCCAUCGAAACAUGAUGUAUAUGUUUCAUUUGUAGAAGAUGGUCCGCAUAAAUUUUCUGUACAACUUCAAAGUACUUCUCAGAUAUUAAGCAUGCUCAUGAGAGAAAUUAAUAGUCAUCCUCUCGAACCAUUACAAGAACCUCCUUUACCUGGUUCAGUAUGUCUAGGUCGUUACACACAAGAUAAAGUAUUAUGUAGAGCUGUUGUAAUGUCUGUUAUGGAAAAUAAGUGUAAACUUUACUAUGUUGAUUUUGGUCAUACAGAAAUAUUACCAUACACAGAUAUUUUUCAGUUACCACCUCAUUUUAUCAAUCCCAGAGUGCUUUCUAUUCGAUUCACAUUAAGUGGUGUACAUGAAUUAAAUGUUACGGAUAAAAUGAAAGAAUAUUUUAAACAAAUAGUAUCAGGAAAACUACUUGUUUUACACGUUCGCCCACCAGAAGGACCACCUUUAGUACAAUAUGGAGAUUUAUAUGAUGAUGGAAAAAAUAUAAAAGACAUUCUUAGACAAGCAUUUCCUCCAACUCUAACUGUAGUAACAUCUGUACAUUCAUCUUUUGCAUAUCAAGAACCAAAAAAAUUAUCAAAAGGUGCAACAGAAAUUGUUUACAUUUCAUUUGUGGAAUCAUGUAGAAAAUUUUUUGUACAAAUUGAUAACUAUACAUCAUCUCUUGAAUUAAUAAUGAAUAGUUUAGCAGAUUUUUGUACAACUGCACCCACUUUAAGCUUAGCACAGCUAAAGAUUGGUCUUCCUUGUGCUGCUUUAUAUGAUAAUCAAUGGUAUAGAGCACAAAUUCUAGACAUAAAUGCAGAUAAUAUAAGGGUUUUAUAUGUUGAUUAUGGUAAUGAAGAAAUAGUAACUUUAAUGUCUCUUCGUUUAAUUCGUGAUGACUUGGUUAAAAAAUUACCACCUCAAGCUAUAAAAUGCACCUUAAAUGGUUGGGAACUACUUCCAUGUACUGAAGAAAUUCAGAAUCAGUUUGAAUCGUUGACUUUGGAAAAACAUUUACAUUUAAGAGUUGUAGAUGUAACUUUAGAUGGCAUAGUGGUAGAUUUGUAUGAACCCGAGGAGAACAAGAAUAUUAAGUCUCAAAUGUUGAAUCUAAUUGAAAAUGAAGAGAAAGUAAUAAGAAAGUCAUUAAAUUAUCAAAAUGUAGAAAAUCAAUACUCUACUAAAAUGACUUCAAAAAUUGAUCAGAGUGAAGAAACAAAUAAAUGGCAUAAAAAAAAUCAAUUGGAAUUGAAAUGGGCUCAAAUGCAUGAUAAUAGUACUGUUCAAGAAAAGAGUAAGUUUAAAACUUGGAAAAAUGAAUUAAAUGAAUCAAAUGAAAGUAACAAUUGGAAUGCAAAAUGGAAUGAUAAACAUGAUUAUAAUGACUCAUUUAAAAGUGGAAAAAGUAUUAAAAGUAAUAAAAAUAAAAUAUGGGGAUCAGUUAAAAGUCAUUCUUGUGAUAAAAAUUGGAGCGAUAGAGAUUCAGAUACAUCAUCUAAAGGUAGUGGCAAACAUGGAAAAAGUAGUGCCAAUCGUGGUAGUUAUUCUAAGCAUGAAAGUAUUUCUGGGAGAACGCAAAGUAACAAAUUUAAUGAUAGAAAUAAUGAAGGAAAUUAUAAAAGUGGAAAAAGAGAAACAAAUAUCAAAUAUCGUCAAUUUUGUCUUUGGUAAAGAAGAACAAAAAUAUAAUACCAUGAGAAGCAAAACUAAAUUUCAUAUUCCAUGUCCUAACAUAACUAUUGGAACUAUAAAAACUUGUGAAGUAGUUUUUACAAAUAGUCCGUCUGACUUCUUUAUACAAUUUACUGAUUAUAGUGCUUUAGAUUCUAUGAUGGAACAUAUUGCAUCAAUAUAUGAAACUGGUGGAGAGUUAAUAAAAGAGUCUGAUAUAUUAGGUGGCAAAUAUUGUAUUGCUCAAUAUUCAGAUUUAAAAUGGUAUAGAGCUGUGAUCAAAUCCUUAACUGAAGGAAAUAACGCAAUUAUACAAUUUAUAGAUUAUGGCAAUACGGAAACAGUUGAAUUGAAUAAAAUUAAAUCUAUGCAGAAAGAAUUUUUGGAACUUCCAAUACAAGCUGUGCAUUGUAAACUAUUUGGAAUAAAGAAUAAUAAUCUUGACACAGACAAAACAAAAAUUUUUGAAAAUGCAGUUGUUGGCAAAAUAUUAGAAGCGGAAUUUGUAACAGAAGAAAAUGGUAUAUAUAGUAUUUUAUUAAAAGAAGUUAUUGAUGAUUAUCCAACAAAUACUUUUAUAAAUCAAGAAUUUUGUGAAGAUAUUGAUUUAUUAAAAGCAAAGGAAGAAAUAAUUUCUAACAUAACUACUUUUAAUACAAUACAAUUUAACAAACCUGAUUAUAUAUCUUUGGAUGCUAAGUGGACUACAAUUUCAUAUACACCUGAAACUAGAAAAGAUGUGAUUAUUACAUGGUUUAUAAAUCCCAAUAACUUUUAUUGUCAAAUACUCGAUAACGAAAAUGAAUUUAGAACUAUGAUGAAUGAAAUUCAGAAGAUAUAUGUUGGUAGAGAACCGGUUUCGCAUACAUUACAGGUUGGAUCUCCAGUAAUAGCAAUAUUCUCUGACGAUGGAGCUCUUUAUCGUGCAGAAGUUAUUGAAUUAAAUAAAUUAAAUGGUCAUCUUAUUCAGUAUAUAGAUUUUGGAAAUAGUGCUAUAGUUGAUCCUCAGAAUAUUUAUCCAGUAGAAAAAAAAUUAAUGCAUCUUCCAAAACAAGCUUUCCAGUGUUCGUUACUUAAUAUUGCUCCAUUGAGUGGUUUAGAUUGGUCUAAAGUAAAUACAGAAGCGAUUGAUAAUUGUUUUAAUGCUGCAAAGUAUGAAUGUGUUUUUCAUAAUAUAAAAAAUAAUAAACACUUAAUAUCAUUAACUAUUAAUGGAAAAGAUGUAGCCAACAUGUUAGUUGAACAAAAUCUAGCUUCAUUCAAUUCAGAAACUGAAAUAAAUGUUAACGUUGAAGAUAAUGCUUUAACACCAAUAAUUUCAUGUGAUAUAGAAAGAGUGGAUAUAAAUCUUUUAAAAGGACAAACACUUAGAGUAAAAAUUUCAAGUAUUGAUCUAAGUGCAUCAAAAUUCUAUAUUCAAAUACCUUCAGCUAUUAAAUGUGAAAAUAUAAUUAAUACAUAUAUGGCUGACAAAAAUCCUGAGGUGAUGCAACGAUUAUCAAUCCAUGAGAUAUGCCUAGGCACAGGUUGUUUGGUUUGUUCAAAUGGAGUUUGGAGACGAGCAGUAAUCAGUAGCCAUUCACAAUCCACAGGCUGUUAUGUAAAAUUCAUUGAUACUGGAGCAUGUGAUGAAAUUUUCUCAAAUAGUGUGCUAGCUUUACCAGGAGAACUUUCAGUAAUGCAAAACCAAGCAAUUGAAUGUACCCUUCUAAACAAGACAGAUUAUUCAUCAAUAGAAUAUCUUGUGGGAGAAGAAGCAAUUAUAUAUGUGGAUGAAGUUGACAAUAAUAGACUUAUUGUAAAAUUAUUUCGCUCAUCAGAUGGUCUGGAAAUAAAUACUGUCGGCGAUUUCCAUGAAAAAAUAUCGCCAAUAUGUCCAAUGCUUAUUCUAAGUUCUACUCAUAAAGUAUCAGUAUCAUAUGCAGAUCAUUCUGCUAGUAUCUGGUUAAAACAUAAUGCAGAACAUACUUUAGAGAAGCAUUUAAUAGAAGCGCUUGAUCAGUAUUAUUCUAAUUCCAAAAAUUAUUGGAAUCAAAAGUUAUUGCACCCGAAAGCGGGUGUUUUAUGCGUAGUUAAAGCCGUGGAUGGUCACUGGUAUCGAGUUAAGAUCUUAAAAUAUACUGAAACUGAAGCUUAUAUAAAUUUCAUUGAUUAUGGCUAUAAUGAAAAAGUUAAUGGUGACAUAUUAAGACAAUUAGCUCCAGACUUUCAUACACCGCAUCAGUUAGCUAUUAAUGUAUCAUUACCGGUAGUGCUCAAUGGUACAAUAGUUGAACAAUUAGAUAUAUUACAAAGUUAUUUAUAUAACAAAGAUCUUACCGCCGUUUUCCAUAAUAUCGACAAAAAAUGGAUAGUAGAAAUAUUAUAUGGUGGAGAAAAAAUUAGCGAUAGGUUCCGUUCUCUUAAUUCAAUAUUACAACAGAAGAUAUCUGGAAUGAGAGAAUCUCAAAUUCAUAAUAUGACAGUGGGUUGUAAAUAUAAUGUAUCUGUAUCUCACAUAGAUUCACCUAGUCAGUUCUGGCUUCAACAUGCAGAUGAUGCCACAGAUCUUUUUAAUAAACAAAAUGAACUUCAAGAUCAAGUAUCUACAUUUUUAGAAAUAGAUGGAAUAUUGGAAGAAGGAAGUUUGUGUGUUGCUGUGUACACUAUAGAUAAUUUAUGGUAUAGGGCGCAGGUACUUGAUGCUGAUGAAGAUAUUACAACUGUUCGAUUUAUCGAUUAUGGAAAUACAGAUGUCAUCGACAAUAAAUCUGGAAAUAUUCGACAAAUACCAGAUUCAUGGAAAGAAAUAAAAGAAUAUGCAGUUAAAUGCAGAUUAGAUGUUAUUCCUGUAGACUCAGAAGAUUGGAAUAUCACAAUAUGUCAAAAAUUUGAAAACUUAAUAACAUCUAAAUUUGAAAACUUAAUAACAUCUAAAUCUUUACAAGCCCUGGUAAUAGCAAACAGUGUUCCAAAACGAGUAGACUUGUUAAUAGAUGAUAAAAGUGUUAGUGAAACAUUAGUUGAAAACUAUCAUGCAGUAAAGAUUCAUACUGAGGAAGAAUUAAUAGAUGAAAUAAUUGAUAUUGAAUUGGAUCCCUAUUCUGCUUUUGUAAGCCAUAUUAACUAUCCAAAUGAGUUUUGGGUUCAAGAAGAAAAAUCUGUCGGUGAUUUAGAAAUUAUGACUGAUAGAUUUAUCGUGGCACAUAUGUUUCCCAAAGUAGAUGAAAUUAAAGAAAAUUUAUUAUGUGUUGCUAAAUAUCCUGAAGAUGAAUGUUGGUAUAGGGCACGCGUUAUAUCACACAGUGAUAAUGCUAUACAAGUUAUAUAUAUUGAUUAUGGAAAUUCAGCUACCUCAACCGAAAUACGUGCUAUACCGCCAGAUCUUGCAGAUAUACCUCCUCUAUCGAGAAAAUGUCGCUUAGUUAUGCCAGAAGAAAUUACAGAAUGGUCAGAAAAGGCUUGUCAAGAAUUUAUAACAUUAGCGGCUGAUGGAGCAACUAUAUUUUUGUUAGAUGUAAUUGAAGAAGGUGAAACCUCGUUGGUGAAAUUAACAUUAGAUGGUAAAAAUGUGACAGAUAUACUUGCAAACUUCUGUGAACGUUACCUACCAAUCAUAGAAGAACGAUUACCUCCUUUGGGUGAAGAAAAUUCACCAAAUGUAUUUGUUAGUCGUAUCAAUUCACCUGAUGAAUUCUGGAUUCAAACAGAAACUAGCGAAACAGAUUUAGAUACAAUGUUAGAAAGAUUAGAAGCAGCACCUAGUUUUCUUCCAUUAAGUACAUUUGAAAUUGGUACUAUUUGUGCUGUAAAUUAUUCAGAAGAUGAUCAAUGGUAUAGAGCAAAAAUUCUUUCACAUUCUGAAGAAGGUACUGAAGUUCUGUAUAUAGAUUAUGGCAAUACAGAAAUUACAAAUGAUACACGAAUGUUACCAAUAGAUAUUAUAAAUAUUCCUCCUUUAGCGAAAUGUUGUGCUUUACGAAAACCAGAUAGUAUAAAUUUUUGGCCUUUGGAUGCUUGCAAAUUAUUCAAAGAAGUUGCUACCGAAGAAACAAUGUUUCAGUUUGAGAUUCUUGAUGAUACUAGUGACCCUGUUUAUGUUAAAUUAAUUUUUAACGGAAAAGAUGUUGUUGAUAUUUUAAUGGAAAAUAUAUUCGAAGAUGCUGUAACAGAACAAGAAAAUCUGUAUAAUGAUAAAAGUAAUGUAGAAGCAGAAGAAACAGAUGAAACAAAAAUAAAUGAAAUCAAGAAAGAAGAACAAGACGAAGAUAUGAACAGAUUUAAGGAAUAUACUGAAAAUCAAAAUCAAGAAAUAAAAGAAAACACAGAUAAUUCAUAUCUGGAUACUAAUUAUGUUGUAGAACUUACUGUAGAUGAAAUAGUUCAAAAUAUGAAAGUGGAAGAACAAGAAGAAGAAGACGAAGAUAAUACUUUCAAUAGCCAUAAUCACACUAUUGAAAUGUGUGACAAAAAUAACAGUGACGAAACAAUUGGAAGUUUUAAUGAAUUAAAAACACAAAAUGAAAUAAAGACAUUUAGUGAUAAGAAUGAAAUAAAAGAUACUGAAAUUGAUACAGGAGAUAAUAAAACACAUACUGAAAUAAAAGAUGUGGAUGAAAAAAUUUCGACUACAAGAAAAGAGGCAGCAGAUAAUUUUGAAGAAUCGAGAAUACAAGUUGAAGAGUCAUGCAGUGAUAAAAAUAAAAUACAAAAUAUUGAAAUUGAUACGAAAAAAAAUAAAAAUGAAGUGAAAGAUAUUGAAGUUGAUACAGAACAAAAUAAUGAAAUGAAAGAUAUUAAAAUUAAUACGGAAAAAAAUAAAAUACAUGCUGAAAUAAAGGAUGUGAACGAAGAAAUUUUAUCAAUCACAAUAAAAGAAGUAGCAGAAAAUUUUAAACAGUUGGAAAUUGAAGUUGAAACUAAGUCGUAUAAUUACGAAAAUGAAAUGCAAGAAAUAGAUACAGAAAAAGGUGAAAUAAAAAAUGAAGUAGAAAAUGUAAAUGAAAAAGUUUCAUUAAGUACAACAGAAGAGAUACCAUUGAAUACAAUUUUAGACUCUCCAGAUAUUAAAAAUGAGUUAGAAGAUCUUACAAAAAAACAAGAUAUGGAUGAAAUGGAAAUAUAUGAAUCAAAUACUGAUGAAAACAAAGAAUAUGAUAAAGACUGUAUUACACAAGAUACUAAUGAAGUAAAUGCUGAUGUAACGGAUCCUAAAAGUUGUUCUGAAAUAACAAGCAACGAAUCUAAAGAUACUGAUAAAAAAAAUGAUAAUCCAGUAAUUACAGUGACAGUUUAUGAAGAAGGUAAAAGAAGCGAUAAUGUAGAAAAUUCUUUACAGCUUGCUUCUACAUCAGAAUAAUUAUAUAUAAAGACUGAUUUUGUGUUUUUAAAAUAAAAACACAUUUUAAUAUUGUUCUCUGUGCAUUCCUAAUAAAUUUAUAUAAAAACUGAUUUUGUGUUUGAAUGUUAUCUGUAAACGGCAUUAAAAUUAUUAUUUCAAAACGUCACUUUUUUUUUUAAAGGGAUCUGUAUUUAAUUUAAUACUGUUUGUCCAUGUGAAUAUUUUAACGAAAUAUAACAGUCAAUAUAACAGAUAACAUUCAAACACGGUCUUUAUAUAAAUUUAUUAGGAAUGCACAGAGAACAAUAUUAAAAUGUGCUUUUAUGUUAAAAAAAAAUCUUUCAGUAAAGAUGGGAUAACAUUCCUAAAUAUAUAUUGCAGCUUUAAAUAUAAAAAGAAUUAAAACAUUUUUAUUUUUAUUUUUUAUUACAUAAUUAAAAACAAUAAUUUGUAUUGCUUGAUUAUAUUAAAUUUUUUUAUAUUAUGAAAUAAAUUACUUUUAUAAAAAGCGAUAAUGGAAUAUUGUUACAAUAAUUACAAUACAUUGCUUUUUAAUUACAGUAUAAUUUUGUAGUGCUUUGCCAAAAAAAUAGUAAAAGAUACUUAAUAUAUAAUAAUUUAAAAUUACUUUUCUGUUUCAAUAUAACAUAUUCUAACAUAAAAUAAAAAACAGGUCAAUAGAAUCUCGAAAAUAUAUUUAGUUAUAUUAAUUAAAUAUAUAUAGUUACCAAAUAUUUAAAAGUUCAUAUAUAAUUUUAAUGUAAUUUGUCAAAAUUAUAUAAAUUUAUAUACUUUAAAAUACUCAUUCUAAAUUAGAUUUUCAAUCAAUAGAUAUUUAUGUAAUCUUUAUAUUUAAUUUUUACUUAUAUAAUUGCCUUACUUUCAAUUUAAUUAUGUUAAUUAAGUACAAAUUUUGUAAUGAAUAUAAUGAAUUUAAUAAAAAAUUGAGUUUUACUUUAAAAUAUAUUUUUCAUAUUAAUAAUUAAAUUAUCAUACAUAUUGAUUUUAAAAAAUUAUAAUUAAAAUUAUUAGAACUUAAACAAAAAUGGUGUAAAUGUAUUACUAUUGCUAUCAUCAAGGUACUAAUUAUAAACUUAAAAAAAUAAGAUUAUAAUAAAUUUAUGAUAAAAAAGUAAAAUUCAAAAUUUACUGUUUUUCCAGACAUUUUUUUCAUAAAAAAUUAAAUUUAUUGUUUAUAGAUUUAG